AUGGCAGUGGCUUCAUUUUUAGCCGGAGCCUUACCUUUGUCGAUGACACUUUCACAAUCACAACUUCGAUUAAUAUCAAGCAUUGGCGUCGGAGUGCUUGUCGGUACCUCUCUUAUAGUCAUCAUACCCGAGGGCAUUGAAACUGCAGUAUCGCCCGCAGAAGCCUCGCACCUUCACAAAGCGCGGAGUUUAGUGCGAAGAUCGCCUUGGACCCUCGGCGUUGAGCCACGAGAAAUCAUCGAGGCCUUUCCAGUUGUACGGACGACAGUAAUCCGAUCCACGAUCCACGAUGACUUAGCCAGCAUUUCCCCACGAAUCGAAGUUACGGAGAGUUACAGAGCUACAAAACGACAAAACGACGAGGACAUACCAGAGGAGUCACCCGAGCCUGCCCCAGAACACGAUGAACACAAGGAACACGAAGAUGGUGUGCCAACGCUGGAGAUCGGCCUCUCCAUGAUUUCUGGCUUCAUCCUCAUGUUCCUUAUCGACAGACUUCCCAGGCAUGCCACAGAGAGCCUGCGGUCUACGCCGGAAACUCGCCACAUGAGCCUAGACGAUCUUGGAGGAGGCGAUACGGCAUCCAUUGACGAGGAGGCAGACGGCUUCUUGACUUCCCUGACGCCAACCCCUCGAAGAGCUCGUAGUUUGGCGACAACCACCGGACUCGUGAUCCAUGCCGCAGCCGACGGCAUUGCCAUGGGCGCAUCUGCAACGUCGUCCAACAUGCGGCUGGGCUUUGUCAUUUUCAUUGCCAUCAUGAUCCACAAGGCCCCCGCGGCGUUUGGCCUAACGUCAGUUUUGCUGAAGCAAGGUCUGUCAAAGCGGGCAGCUCGAGGUCAUCUGGUCAUUUUUAGUCUGGCUGCUCCUGUCGGCGCCUUGACGACAUGGCUCAUGAUUACGCUGCUUGGCGGCGACCACUUGAAGGGAUAUUCUGGGCAGUGGUGGACGGGCAUGUUGCUGCUGUUCUCGGGAGGAACAUUUCUCUAUGUCGCCAUGCAUGCUAUGCAAGAAGACGGCAGCGUCCACAGCCACGACCACAGCUCUGGGGUGAACGGCUACUCAGAUGGAAACUCGGCCCACCAGCGAAAGUCCAAGGGUCCUCAGAUGCGAGACACAUUAGCCACUGUCGUGGGCAUGUUGAUUCCUCUUCUUACUCAAAUGGGCCACUAG